GUAUUGAAACUUUUGAUCCCAGCUUAAAUACAGUGUAUGAAUUUAUGUGGUUUUCAUGAUAUCAUCUACCUUGUAUUGUAUGUAUCACCGAUAAAUUUAUGUAUAUAUACUAUAUAUACAAUAUGCUUGCUCAUAUAUUUUUAGCUUUUAAAGUAUAUAAAUAUGAAUGUUAAUGCUGAUGUCCAAGAAAUCAUCGAAUACCUUGAAUCUAAUGACCUGGAAAUUGUGAAUUAUUUUAAAAAUACAGUUCAAGAAAAACUAUAUGCUUCCCGUGAUCAUAAUCUCUUGGGUGCAAUAACUGACCGAUACAUCCAAACAAAAUCUGAUAGACUGCUAGAGUUACUAAUCAGCAUUAAUGACACUCAUGCCAUGUAUUUAUUUGAUAAGCUAAACGACCACCUAAAGCAUGGACAACUGACCGAAGUUUGCACGCUUCUUUUCUCAAUUGUAAGAAAGCAGCCUUCGUGGUUGCACAAAAUUGUCAAUACCUCUCUUUUUGCAACUUUUCUCAAAUUCCUAAAAAAUGAAUCUGAUAUUGUCUUUAUCAUGAGUGGGAUUAUUAUAUUAUGUACAUUGAUCCCAUGUAUUCCAGCAAUCAUCAGAUCAUACCAUGGAGAUAUCUUGGAAGUAUUUGUAAGGACUGCUGGCUUUAUACUUAACAAAUCAGGUCAAAUUCCAGAAGUUUGUAUUCUUCAUCUUCACAUCGGUGUUUACAUUCUCUUCCAUCGACUUUAUGCCAUGUACCCAAACAACUUUUUAUCAUACAUGAAAUCUUGUUUUGCUGGCUCACAAAAAAAAGAUCCUGUAUUUCAACUUGUUAUCAAGCCAAUGUUUGAAUUCGUAAAAUUUCAUCCGGAUUUGAUCACAGAAACACCAAAAUCUGAAACCGGUUUGGAGAAAUGGAAAGUUUUUCAACCACAUGAUGUUUUGGCCGAUUGUCAAAAGAUAUCACUGGAUCCUGUUGACUCUGUUAAAGAAGCUAAUUAUGCAGUGUAUUCUCAUCAGGUGGCACAAGAGACAUCAUAUCGACCCUUAAAAGAUUCGGGCCUGUAUCUUGGUUUAAGUUCUAUUUUUACUCAGCCAGAGACUGAUCUCUAUAUAACACCAAUAAAAAGGAACACUGUAGACAAUACAGUAGAUCCUAAACCACUAAUUAGCGACAAUGCCGCCCUGUGCAACCCCUCCGACGUCUGUGGACUAACCACCCCACCAUGUUCAAGACAGUUAUCACCUAGUAAUAGCACCCAAGACUUAUCUUCACUUUACAAGCAAAACCACACUGAUGUGCAUUUGCGUGACAGUAUUUCAAAUUUGAAUGAGCUCCCUAGUAACCGUAAGUCAUCGAGUGAUACUGCAUCAGUUCACAGUAAUACCUCACCAGGCCUAAAAAGAACAGACAUUAAAAAGACUCAAAGUUUUGGAUCAUCUGAUAAUGUUAAUCAUAAAAACUUAUUAAAAAGUUGGCUUCCCAACAGUGCAAGUCAUUCCACUCCUGUUGAAAAGGAAUUAUUGAGAGCUCGACAAUCAGCACCUGCCUCACCGAAAAGAGGAAGCAUUAACAAAGGACAACAAAAUCGACCCAAAUCUACAGAAUAUUUUAAGCAUAAAAUUGUAAAACAAUUAAACCUGGGUGGUUCUGGUCAAUUUCACUCUGCACCCACAAGUCCAAUGGUUCACACGACUCCUGCUAACGAUAUGAAUCAAUUUUCCUUUAAUUUAACACCAGAAUCAGAAGUAAAUACUAAAUUGUCUGAUGAAACCACGGAUAGCAAAGUUGGUGUGAGUACGAAUAUAAAUAAUGCUCAAGUGAAAGACAAGCCGUCAACGAACUCGAGCAAUUUAGCUCAAAGUGAUCCUAACAAAAUAACAGUAAGCAUAGAGCUAUUGCAAUCUAUUAGGAACAUGUUUUCUGAGCUUUGCCCUAAACCACUGAAUGUUAACGAAUCCCAUGAGAUGACAGAAUCAAAGUUGGCAUCCACCUGUCCAGCCUACAAAUUGAAAAGCCCUUUAACGCUGCUUGAUGAUUUUAUUCAAUAUGGAUCAGAUAUUCACUCCUUUCAGAUGAGCAGAAUUCCUCUAACCAGUCAAUUGGAAACAGACUGGACUUAUUUUGGUGGUGCAACCCCUGUGGACGAACUGAAGAUUCUUCAAACGCAAGUUCAUAUGCUGCAUAUCCAACUCUUAUACGAACGACAUAAGUGUGAACUGCACUGUCUACGAAACAGAAGGUUAUUUGGAAGUCUUCAAAAAUCACAAGCCCUGCAACAUGAAGUUAAAGCUUUAAAAGAUCACUGCACUCUUACGGCGAAUACAUUGGCUGAUCUCCGAAAUAACAUCAGACUAAAAUAUGAUGAAAAUAGAUUAAUUCGCCAACAGGCUGUGUUUAGAGAGCAAGAAUGUUUAAAGAAAAUAAAACAGCUAGAACAGGUGAAUACAGAGCUGGAAUUUAAACUGAAAACUAAGAACGACAAGAAAAAAGAGCUGAAAAAAAGAAACGAAAAAUACCAGAAAGAAGUAAAUAAAUUAAAAUAUCAGCUUUUCGAAGCAACGCAAGAGAUUUUGACAAGUCUGCCCAAACUUUCGGAGAUGGGUCAACUACAAGCGGUGGUCGAAACUCUACAAAAGGAGCUGCUUACACAGAGUGAAAAACAAGAGCAUGUUCAAGCAAGAGUUGAUGAUUUUGAAAUGAAAAAUUACCGACAUCUGGAAUUGGAAAAUAAACUCACAGCUCACAGAUACGAAUUGGAAGCCCUUCACGAGGAGAGGGAUGUAACGAACACUCAAAUGGAACUUUUAAAAGUUAAGAUCAACGAACUUGAAGGUACCAGCGUUAAAAAGGACAAGUUAAUCCGUGAGCAUAAAAUAGAUAUGAAAAAUAUUCGAGCCAAACACAAGGAUGAGAUGAAGGCUCUUGAAGAAAGAUUUAAGAGUUGCCAAAAGACGUGUCAAGGUUUACAAUCUUACAUUACGUCAUUGUAUGCAAAACUUGAAGACUCUAGCUCAUCGAAACAAUCAUCAAGUCAACACCAGCAUUCCACUCAUAUUCCAUGGAAUUCACACAAUUGCGGAGACAAAUGUCACAAGUCGGUGUCGUAUGUAGAUUUUCAUCACAUUGGGAGUUCUUCGUCGCAUCACGAUCAGUCGCAUAGACACGCGUUACGACCUAUCCAUGCUUACGAGUCAACACCAAAGGACAUCCAUUCGAAGCACGACUCGGCGUUAAAUCCGUUUACGCGAAGUCGCAGUCAAGCGAGUAGUGUGUCAAGUGUAAGCGAUUCGCUAAAAAUUUCUCACAGUUCUACUGCCGACACGCAAGAUAGUGGAAUCGAACGCAGCAACGAUGUCAUUGCUCGAAAGAACGGCGCCCUACCAACAGAAAAUAAUAUAUGAUAUUUUUUAUGUAUUUAUAAAUGAAUGAAUUUCUUUGAAUUAAAUAUAUUGCUGCUAUCAGCAUUUUUUAUAA